CUGCACUUUCCUCUUCCUCAAAUCAGGCCUGUCGAGAAAUUGUUCAUUGCUCUUGUACAUUUGUUCUCGGGCCUUGUUACCUCUAGUUUCUGUGCAUUCCAUGGGCAUCACUAGAUACCAUUCGCGUGUCCGAACUUCUAGGUCUUUCAUCUCAAUCAAAGACGCCGCCUGAUUCCCACUUUUAAAUUGCAUCACACCCUACAAGAGACUAUAGCCAUCAUUCUUGUUCUCCGCUGGGUCCUGCAAAUCCCCCACGGAAAAUUUUCCAGAACCGCCAACGGUGAGGACAAAGUCAUCUUCAAUCGGAUCCCCCAAGUUGGCAGUCCUGCAAAGGAUCGAGCCUAUCCUGGUUUCGCUAGGCUUGUACACCACAUCGCACGACGACCUGAACAGUUGGCUAUCGUUUCCAAUCUCGGCACUCUGUCCAAACAAGUUGGCCGCAGAAGCAACAAAGCAUGGCUCAAAACCCGGAUUCGAUAAGCCAAUCAGAUCUUCCUGCCCGCGGUUCUAGCCCUGCCAAGGAUCUCGAAACGACAACCGAUCAACUCUCCGAGGGCGACUUUGUUCCCAUCACUCACAAAGACAUUGAGAUGCAAGACCAUGACAUAGAUGAGAGCACGUCGGCAUCUCAGCAUCUAGACUUGCAACGGUUUGGCAACAAUUUGCAGGACAUAGACGACGCGAAUGCCGUCGAAGACGAUUCUGAAGACGAUGACCACGAUCCCAUGGCAAAUCAUCCUUUACUGAACAUGUUGAGCGGAAGGUUGGGCGCGCGUCGCCGCGGAUCUAAUCACAAGUGGGAUCAUCUACAUCCCGAAAAUCAGGCGCUCUCGGUCUCCAAUGUGGAUCAAUGCACUGAGCUUGAGGAGCAAGCCUUUCCUCCAGAAGAAAGGGCCAGUCGAGAAAAGUUUCAAUAUCGCCUGACUCGAUGCCCUGAGCUUACCCUGGGCUUGUUCACUCAACCCACCAAAGCAGAAGCCGAGGCAAACUCCAUCGUUGCAGAGAGAAGCUUGAUUGCGCACGUCAUUUCGACCAGGACGCCUUCCCCUUGUGUGACGGAGGCGUCGAUGGAGGUUCCCGCCGAUUGGAAAUCCCGCCGCUCGUCACUUCCCAGCAAGGAAGACGAUGACAACGAGCCCCUAGGCCACCAAGACCAAGGAGGGACCAUCUGUAUCCAUUCAGUGGCAGUGUCUCCAAAGUAUCAGAAGAUUGGCCUCGGGACUGUGCUGAUGAAGUCGUACAUUGCGCGGAUCAAGGAUUCUAAGUCGGCGCAACGGCUGGCGCUGUUGGCGCAUGACCAUCUUGUACCCUUUUACCAGAGUUUUGGCUUUGAGAACAUGGGCCCCAGCUCUGUGACCAGCCACGGUGGCCACUGGAACAACAUGAUCCUCGACUUCAACUACGAUGACGAUGAAUAGAAUUGAGGAGAUUGGAACGUGAGCAGACACGUGGUAUAAUCUGCACUAUGAGACACAGCUCAAGUGUCAAGGAAUUGGCUCUGGAAUUGUGUACGGGUUCUACUAUUUUCUGUCGAGCCAAGCCGAAAGAUGUCAACGAGUCACGUUGUUGGAAGCGAGUCCACCAUGCAGAACCGUGAUCCAGGUGAUAACUUUCAAUGAAUAUAGGUACCUUGACGAUGACACGGGAAGCCACGCAGAUCAGUAGGCAGGUGUUGAUGUGAAUGUAGAUGCGGCCGCUAGAGAGCGCUGCCGAGAUCAAUCAUCUCUAUUUCAAAGUAUAGUUGAGGUUCUGGCGAUAUUUCGUCUUUGUAGCCACUUUGAAAAGAGGUGAGUGGAGGACGGUGGGGGUUGUUGGUACUGUGUUGUGUGUCGGCGAAGAGGCUGAACCUGGGGGGGUUCGUCAUUCCAGUGGUAGAUCCCUAUGGGACCUAAGGCAGCGAUGCAUUGACCUCGCCCAUAUACGGCAUGGGAGGAUCCUCGUAGGCUAGCUUGGGC